AUGGCGCAGCUCAAGGACAUCCAGACUCUGCUGGACACCGGUUUUGGAAAGUUGCGUCAGGAUCUGAAGGGCGACAUCAUGAGGGAGAUGGAGCAGCUGCUCGACACCAAACUCGAAGCCCGACUCAAGCAGCAUCAUGAUGAACUUAUGGAGGAGAUCCGGAAGCUCCAGGAGAGAACCACGGCCUUGGAAUCUCGAGCUGACGCAGGUGGCGUUGGCUCCAAGCGUGCACGCAGCGAAGGUCCUGGCUACCGGGCAACGCGCAUCGACGACGACUCCGACAACGAAGUCCUCGUGCUCAAAGGCUUCCCAUGUCCCAUGUGGUCCAAGACGCUGGUCAAGCAUGCUGAAACUGUCUUCCAGUCGCUUUCACCGAACACUCCGCUCCCCCAAAUCCGCGCCGCCAGCAACACCAAGCACGCGCGCCUCAUCUUCAACGACUCCGCUUCGGCGAAGGCCAUCCUCGAAGAGUCCAUCCGCGCUGGCCCACGGAUUACUAUUGGUUCGGAAUCUAUUCCACUUUCGCUUCAAUGGGACCGGUCACCCGAUGAACGCGUCCGGGGAUGGGUAAUCUCACAGUUAUGGCAGAAGUUGGAGCAGCACAUGACUACAAAAGGCCUCCACGGCCAGGUCGGGUGUCGACGUGGCAAGGGUGAGGUGUUCGUCGACGUUGGCGGCAUGGGGCAGCUGAUCACGAUCUUCACGGUUCUCGAAGACGGCGUCUCCACCCGCGUGCACACCAACGGGCUCGACAAGGUGGAGCUUUCCCCAGAGACGGCGGCCUCGAUGGCCUCCGAGGUGGAUUCGCAGCGGCGUUCACGCUGA